CCCCUCAGACUUUUGACUCAUGAGUUGACAUGUGAACAGUUUACGAGCGUAUGUGUCUGCGUUUACAUCGUAAUUAUUUUAUAAUUUUAAUGGUCUUAUAAUUACGUCAUUAUAAAUACUGAGAGUGGAGAAAUGGAUUCUAGAAUGCAUCCGUUGGUAAGUACAAUACACGGUUGAUGCUGAUGGUCGUCCGAUCCAGUUAGGAAGCCCUUCUUAAGCCGUCCCUUAAAAAAAGAAACAAAAGCUCAUCCCUUUUUUGGCACGAUUUUUCUCCUGCCCGUGUACGGAAAAUGAAAGUGAAACUUUCAGCUACAUGACAUGAGCAAGUUUCGUUUAUACUCUUUUUUUUUACGCUUUUGUAAAGUGUUGUCAUUUGGCUGUCUCUUCCCCACACAGCGAACCUAUGGAAAUCUAGCCUUACAUGGUACAUAUGAUGAUCAAGAUGAUGAUGAUGACAGAGAAGUGAUGGCGCAUGGUACAUAUGAUGAUCAAGAUGAUGAUGAUGACAGAGAAGUGAUGGCGCUUUCGUCAGGGACAAAGUACGAUUAUUUCGAUUUUGUCUUCCACAGAAGAGAAUUGCUGGAAGAGGCCAAAGCGAGUGACACUGAAAGGGAAGCCCGUUGGUUACUAGAGCAGGCCAUAAUCAAAGAAAAGGCACAGAAGAAGCGGUUGAAAAAACAGAGACAGAAGGAAAGAAAGCGGCAGGAGAAAAUGGAGAAGGAAAAAGAGAAUGCCUUAAAUGCUGCUUUGCAGCAGUCCAACGCGGAGGAGAAUUCGGCGGUCGGCGACAAAUUGCCAAAUGGCCUGCAAGCCAAUGUGGAAGUUCAAGAGGAAGGCGGAGCGGAAGGUGGCGCGGAAGGCGGCGCCGGUGGAGAAAACGAUUCAGGCCAUGUUAGCGACCAGGAUGUUGAUGAACUGGAUAUGACAAGUUGUUUUGUGAGUCAAACGGCCCAGAGAGUCCAGCAUAAAUUGGAGGUGAAGCCUAAGCCUGAGAAGGCGAAACAGAAGCCGCCCAGCAAAGGGCAACUCGCCAAGAAAUCCAAUGACGACAUUGCCAAGGUCUCCGCUGGCGGCUUGGUGCUUACGGAUAAUGUUGAAAUAAGCAACAAUCUUGCAACUCGGGGGAAUAAAUGGGCGCUCGACGGACGUUAUGACUUGGCAGUGGAUUAUUUUACCCAAGCCAUCCAGUACAAUCCUACGGAAAUUAAGUUGUUUGGAAAUCGCGCCUUCUGUUUGGAGAAGAUGCAGGAAUAUGAGAAGGCCCUGGCCGACGCCGAGUUGUGCCUCAACAUGUCUCCCGGCUGGAUUAAAGGCCUCUUUCGCAAGGGGCGCGCUCUAGCCGGUUUAAAGAGAUACGAAGAGGCGGCGCAUGCCUUCCAAGGGGUCCUGCAGCUGGAUGCCUCUUUCGUCGAGGCCGCUCAGGAAAUGAUGCGAAUGCAGAUACUGCAGCUGAUGGGGUAUGGCUUCACGCGGGAGCAGAGUUCAAAUGCCUUAAUUAUACACGGGACGGUGCCGAAAGCUCGCGAGGUGCUGUCCAGGUUAAACCCGCAAAUUUCGCCCCAAGUGCCAGCGGCUCAAGGAACCGCGGUGAAGACCGAACCCCUCGGGAAGAUCCACAGUGCCUCCAACGUCCAAAAAGAUGGCAACACGGAACUGUUUCCAGUGUGGGUGGGCAACCUGACCACGACGGUGACGGAGCAGCAGCUCUCCAACAUGUUCAGCAAGGCGGGUUCGCUUCACAGCGUCAAGCUCCUGCUCAACCGCCGCUGCGCCUUCGUCAACUUUACGCGGCAGGAGUGCUGCGACGAAGCCAUCCGAUUAUUUCACAACUUUGAGCUGCAGGGCAGCUGGAUCGUUGUUCGAUACCCUGACAGAAUCCCCGCGUAUGGGGGCUUCUCCAAGAUGGCCCUCAAAGCUGAAGACCGCCGUAGUGACAAUUCCCACUAAGUGUCUUCAACCACUUCCAACUGCGGUGGCAGGCAUAAUUCAAACGGGAGCGGCCACGUGCGCCUGAACUGACAAUAAAAGAAGGAUGGAUUUUUAAUUAUUUUUAUUUUUUUAAUAAAUCAUGUCUCAAGUCUUUUUUUUAAAGGACAUUGAUGCCAAAUACCUUUUUUUUCUUCUAAAAUAUUUCCAUUUAAUUAAAGGACUACAUUUGCUCCUUCAA